AAGCUGCCAUACGCCAGGCAGUUAUCUUUACAGGCGGUUGUGUGAGUCAGUCCCUGCAGAAGGGAACAGAACAGCGGGGGUGCAACAAGAGGAGGCAGGAGUGGAGUUAUACUGAAACCUGAAACUUUCUAUUCAGAGAACAUUUAUCCACUGGACUCUUGGAGCGUUUCUACAUUUAUUUUUUCUCUUGAAGCAGGUCUGUUCUAUUCUAUACUGAAAGCUCCAGUGAGUUGCAUUUUACUUUUAUCCUGUAGACUCUCCUCUGUUGUGAACAAUGAGGUCCAUUGAACCUUUGUGCCGUUGGAGAAUCAUCCCCCUGGCUUUGACCAUGGCAGUGGUGUCUACGAGCAGAGCCUCUGCGUAUGAAUACAUGAGCUGGAAAUCGGACUUGUACAAUGGUGGCCGCAGCUAUGGCAAGCCUCCUCAAUGUGUGGAUAUCCCAGAGGACCUGAGGCUGUGCCACAAUGUGGGCUACAACCAGAUGCUGCUGCCUAACCUACUGGAGCAUGAGACUAUGGCUGAGGUGAAGCAGCAGGCGGGCAGCUGGGUGCCCCUGGUGCAUAAGAGCUGCCACCCGGGUACCCAGGUGUUCCUCUGCUCCCUGUUUGCCCCAGUGUGCCUGGAGCGCCCCAUAUACCCCUGCCGCUGGCUGUGUGAGGCUGUACGAGAUGGCUGCACCCCUAUCAUGGAGUCCUUCGGCUUCCCCUGGCCUGAGAUGCUCACCUGUGACAAGUUUCCCCAGGAUGAUGUGUGCAUUGCCAUGACUGCACCCAACGCCACUGAAGCUACCAAGCCCACAGGUUAUUCCCCCAUAUGUCCCCCAUGUGACAAUGAAAUGAAAACAGACAUCAUUCUAGAGCACAUGUGUGCCAGCGAGUUUGCUAUCAGGACCAAGAUCAAGGAGGUGAGACGGGAAGGCAUGGACCGCAAGGUAAUUCUGCAGAAGAGGAAGAAGCCAUUGAAACUGGGAAACCUAAAGAAGAAUGACCUAAAAAAGCUGGUUCUGUACCUGAAGAAUGGAGCCGACUGCCCUUGCCAGCAGCUGGAUAACUUGGGCAACACUUACCUGAUCAUGGGGCGCAAGGUGGACACGCAGUUCCUCCUGACGGGCAUCCACAAGUGGGACAAGUCCAGCAAAGAGUUCAAAAAGGCCAUCAAGAAACUCAAGACCCACAAGUGUCCAGCUUUCGAGAAUGUCUUUAAAUAAUCAGACCCAACUUUUUUAGAAUCAUCUCAUCAUCAUGAUACACAAGAACUUGCACAACCAACAAUCCACAUUUAGUUUUUGUUCAUAUAUCUAUAUAAACUGUAUAUCUUUCUAUAUUUACAGUCCUGCUUUACAUUUUUCCACCAUCCAUUUUGCAGUGGAGCGUUGUGAUCAUUGAGACCUCCUGCUAUAGUGGUUUCCAGUUAUCUGAAAAAGUUAAUGACACUGCACCCUCUUCCUCCUCUAUUGAAACCAUUUCCACUUCGUGUAUGUAGAUACUUGUGUUACACACUCCCAGAAUGUGCAGUAAAAAUACCACAGUUCAGUGAGUUCUGCUGAAGUGGAUUGACUUACUUCUCUUGCUCUGAACAUGGAUAAGUAGAUCAUAGAAUCAUCAAUUAGAUCACAUUGAAUAGAUUAUACAGAAUCAAUAAUAACUUGUAUUUUAGCUUUAAAAGCCACAUCAUAGAGGAGGCAUGGAUAGGGUCAUUGAAUAACUUAUUGACGAUAUUAUGAUAGCGUGCCUUCACCUGAUUGUCUCAUCAAAAUAAUGACUGCACUACAGUUGAUAUUAAGAAUGUCGUCCUCUUUUCAGUUGCCUCAUUUGUUUGACAUUUUCUUUGACUUUAACAAAUAUAUACAAUAUAUGUCAAUCCAAUCAAUUCCAGAACAUCAACUGCAUCAUCUGAGUGAAAAUACCUUUUGCCUAAUGGUACAGUAUAUGAAUUGUACUGUGUGCCAAACUCUGUAUGUUAUAAUGCAUGCAUUGUUCGGUGUUUCAAUUCAAUUGUACGACAGUCUCUUGAGUGGCCACUCUGGUAUAGAAUAAUGAAAUAAAUCCCUUGUAUUUGUAUAUGAUGUCAGAUAAUAUUUGACCAAAAGUUUUCUCAUUGCUUUUUGUUAAUGCAGUCUUCAAUUGCUGUCCCUCCAGAUUGAUGUUUAUUAAGUUUGUGACAACUUUGAAAGUGCAUAUAGUUGCUUGACAAAUCUGUAUUUUUAAUUGUUUUGUUCAGUAUUGAUGGUACAGCACUAUCACAUUAAAUUACAGAUUUUUUUAUGACUGCAGCGCAUUGCUGCCCUUCAUGUACAUACACAUUUGACAUAAAUAUAGAAAACAAUGACAUGUUGUCUGGAAUGCUCUUUCCAUUUCAGAUUGUGUGACCUAUACCAUUUUUGUGGAGAUAUUACUCCCAGUACUGUUUGCUCUCAAGCAGUUAAAGCUGGAAUGAAGUAUCAAGUGUGGCUUGUAUUUCAAUGAUACCCACAGCUUAUACUCAUACAACACAGUAAUUAAAUGGGAAAGCACUGUAACGGCUGUUGGAAGGAGUGGAGGACCAAGGUGCAGCGUGGUACGUGUUCAUCUUUAUUAUCUGAACUGAACACUGAUUAACAUAAAACAAAACAAUGAAGAGAACGAACAAAACCGAAACAGUUCUGUCUGGUGCAGAAAGACACAAAACAGAAAACAACUACCCACACCACACAGGUGGGAAAAGGCUACCUAAGUAUGGUUCUCAAUCAGAGAUAACGAUAGACAGCUGCCUCUGAUUGAGAACCACACCUGGCCAAACACACAGAAAUAGAAAACAUAGAACCCACAAAAUAGAAUGCCCACCCCAACUCACAGCCUGACCAAACCAAAAUAGAGACAUAAAAGGAUCUCUAAGGUCAUAUAUGGCACAGUACUAUACAGUUUAUUUUUUGGAAUAUCAGCUUCCUGCGUGUAAUAUCUAUAAUGAUUUUCAAACCUCCAAACUAUUUGCACAUGAUGAGAAUUCUUGGCUAUGCUUGUACAGCUUGAGAUUUUUUCAGUUCUAAGAUUUAAGCAUACUGUGGAUAUCACCCAUCUUGGAUUUUUUUCAUAUUGUUGCGUUACAAAGUGGGAUUGAAAUAGAUUUAAUUGUGAUUUAUUUUGUCAUUGAUCUACACAAAAUACUCCAUAAUGUCAAAUUUCAAAGAACAUUUAAAAAAAAAUGUACAAAACAAAUUAUAAAUAAAGUAUAGUCUUUGCAUAAAUAUUCACCCCAUUUGCUUAGGCAAGCCUAAAUUAGUUCAGUAACUUUCAGAUCUCCCCAAGGAGAUGUGGGUGUGGAGUCAGGCGCAGGAGAAACAAGUUCCGAAGAAAAGGGCAUUUUAUUCAACCAGCUCAAAAAUAACAGGACACCGGACUACAGCAGUAGCCACGAAACCCCACUCAGACACACUCCAGGGAAAAACCACCUGCUAAACAUGAACUAAUGAAAACGAAACCCAAACUCACUGACAGUCAAACGAAAAAUAAUCCCGCACAAAACCCCAAAGGAAAUGUUGAGAUAAAUACCCCCCCUAAUUAACCAAAAUGAAACAAGGUGAAACACAAAACAGACAUAAACAAAAGAAAAGGAAAAAGGAUCGGUGGCAGCUAGAACGCCGCCCGCACAGGGAGAGGAACAUUUGACUUAACAAAUCACAUCAUUUACAUGGACUCCCUCACUCUGUAAAAUAAUAGGGGUUGGCAUGAUUUUUGAAUGACUACCCCUUCCUCUGUCCCCUUCCUCUGUCCCCCAUACAUACAGCAUAUAUAUAUAUAAGGUCGUUCACUCAAUUAUUGCAUUUCAAGCAAAGAUUCAACUACAAAGACCAGGGAGCUUUUCGAAAGCCUCAAACAAUUGCAGUGAUUGGUAGAUGGGCAACAAUAACAAAUCAGACAUUGAAUAUCUCUUUAGCAUGUUCAAGUUAAGAAUUAUGCUGUGGAUGAUGUAUUAAACCACCCAGACACAUCAAAGGUACAGUCAUCCUUCUGAACUGAGCUGCAGGACAGGAAUGAAACUGCUCAGGGAUGUCACCACGAGGCCAUUGGUGAUUUUAAAAUGGCUACAUAGUUCAAUGGCUGGGAGAGGAAUUCACAUUUCAGCAGGACAAUAACGUAUAACACGAGGCCAACUCUACAUUGGUUGCUUACCAAGAAGACAGUGAACGUUCCAGUUAGUGGCCAAGUUACAAUUUGGACUUAAAUGUGCUUUAAAAUCUAUGGCAAUCCUUGGAAAUUGCUGUCUUGCCUUGACAGAAUUUUGAAACAAAUAAAGGGCAAACAUUGCACAGUCCAGGUGUGCAAAGCUCUUAGAGACUUACCUAAUAAGACAAGCAGCUGUAAUUGCUGCUAAAGGUGUUUCUAAUAUGUAUUGACUCUAACAUGUAUUGGUGAAUUCUUAUCUAAUGAAGGUACUGUAUAUUAGUGUUUUAUUUGUCAUUAAUCUUGUAAAAAAAUUCUUUCACUUUGACAUUACAGAGUGUUUUGUGUAGUGUUGACAAAUGACAAUUAAAAACGUUUUCAUCCCACUUUGUAACACAAUAAAAUGUGAAGAAAUCCAAGUGGGGUGAAUACUUCUGAUAGGUAGUGUAUAUGUAGACCAUGGUACAAUCUAGACCUUCCGAAGGGCUCUGCUCCGUGGCGACCUGAGGCUUGUGUGUUUGCCGUUUUGUUAAAGUAUUCACAGAGCCAUAAACAACAUUUCCCCACGGGAUGGUAAAAGUCAUUAUCUCAUCUUAUUAAAGAACUGACAUGCUGACACAAACCUGAGCCCUCACACAUACUGUAUGCACCAUGUACGCAAUGGGUUAACAUACUGAGCUUUAGUUUUAAUGCUAAUGCUGACCUAAUUGUCAGGGAUUUGCAGUUUCCGUAUAAUUAGUUCCAGUUCACCUCAGUUAUCGCUGGCAGCGAUGUAUGAAGAGACUUUUAGCAUUGACACUGCUCUUAAGAGUGGCCUAGCAGUCUAUCUUAAAAUAAGUGUGAAGUCUUAACGUUCAGUCAACUUUAAUAUGAUGUGAUGCACGUUAUCUGAUGCUGUAAAGACAGAAACAGGAGAUCCUAUGCCAGACAGAAUAACUUGUGGGAGUUCAAAGUCAGUCUUCAUCAUGGAAUGCAGGACUGUCUUGGCUGUCAAACAGAUUGGAGUUGUUCUUGGUGGAGCCAUUUUUACAUCUCCAUAUUUAUAGAAAGAAUUGAUCUCUCAUGCGUGCUGUUUUGAUUUAUUUUCGUGAGACCUUGUUUUUCAAAGAAUACAGAUUCUUGUCUCUUCCACUAACAUUCAGUGUGGUUUCACAGGCUGUUGGUUGCCUGGUAUGUUGUGUAUAUUAUACAAAAUCAAUUGAGAUAUACAUCAUUAACAACUCAUGUUGACGGUGAAAUGCUGAGGGAAUAAAGCAACACUGUCUAA